UGGAUGCUGAGACGCGGCGCGCUCAGAGGAACAAUCGUCUCACGGUUUAAGUCGGUUGGCGCAUUCGUUCCGUCGUGUUCACCUUCCCCUUGAAGUGAUGUCUGAAGACGCCAACUUCCUAAAAAAGGAAUUCCUGCCACGAAGCGGUGCUACUACUUUCCCCCCCCCCCCUCAGUCAACUGAGUGACGUCUCGCAAGGAGAAGGGGGCUGGAGACUCGGCGCGCACCGUGCAUCCCUCGCUGUGACUCAUUCAUUUCGUAUGAACGCGACCGGUUGCGGAGACCGACAGAGCCCGGGCUUUAAUUAGCUGGGUUCCCCCCAGUCCUCCGCUCAGUCAACGCACGUCAGAGCUCGUAGCCGGACGGCUUUUUCUUUAUUCUCCCCCCUCUUGCUUCCAUUUUUUGUGGUUGCUGUUUCUUCCAGGCUGCGGGGAUGACAUGCGCCCCCGGCAGACGAGCGCCAUGCCCCGCCGACCGAGCCCGCGUCCCCGCGCUCCCGUGGAGUCGGUCUGAGCGGGGAGAAUGUCUCCCACUUCUGCCGGUUCCAAUGUGUAACUAGUGGAUCUGAGAGCUAUCAUUCCGAAACCCGCCACAUGGUGACUAUCCACUCGAGUUGGCGCGUCGGGCUGUGAAGAUAUAUGGAGGUUUUGGAUUUCGCGUAAACGGCACAACGUCGGGCCAGUUCGUCCGUCGUCCUCGCGUUCUUUUGCUGGUUCUUCCCCUCCGCCGGACGCGUCCCUCCUCUCUGCCGGCACCAUUCAACAAGCUGCCCUCGCUCCUCGCCGCGCGGCGAUGCCCGAGCCGUCCACAGCGCCUCGGCUCCUCAGCCCAGCUUGUUGAAUCUCCCCCCUCGGUGACCGGAACAUGGGCCCGUGUUGAGAGUCGCUCGCCGCUGCAGUUUUUUUCCCCCCCAGUUCCACUGCAGACCCGCGUCCUUUCGCUAAAAAAAAAAAGUUCGCGAUGGCUCACCCCGGGCCGUGCGUGACGCUCGGCUCCAUCUGGAGAGCGCUGUGGCUCAUGAGGACCGCGGUCGACGUGGCGCUGCCACAGGAGACCUUUGCGCCCCAUUCGAUCCGCACCGACGGCCACCUGACCCUCGGCGGGCUCUUCCCGGUGCACGCCCGCGGGGCCGACGGCGCGCCGUGCGGGGAUCUGAAGAAGGAGAACGGCGUCCAGCGGCUCGAGGCCAUGAUGUACGCGUUGGACCAGAUCAACCAGGACGAGCAACUCUUACCCAACAUCACCCUCGGCGCGCGGGUGCUGGACACUUGUUCGAGGGACACCUACGCGCUGGAGCAGUCUCUGACUUUCGUCCAAGCUCUGAUCACGAAGGACACCUCGGACGUGCGGUGCACCAACGGGGAGCCCCCGGUGUUCGUCAAGCCCGAGAAGGUGGUGGGAGUCAUCGGCGCCUCGGCGAGCUCAGUGUCGAUCAUGGUCGCCAACAUCCUGCGCCUCUUUCAGAUCCCGCAGAUCAGCUACGCGUCAACGGCCCCGGAGUUGAGUGACGACAGGCGCUACGACUUCUUCUCCCGGGUGGUUCCCCCAGACUCAUUCCAGGCCCAGGCUAUGGUGGACAUUAUCCGAGCCCUGGGCUGGACUUUCGUCUCCACCAUUGCCUCAGAGGGCAGCUACGGAGAAAAGGGCAUAGAGGCCUUCACGCAACUCUCCAAAGAAGCAGGUGGAAUCUGCGUCGCCCAGUCUUUGAAAAUACCCCACAACCCCAAGAUGGAGGAUUAUGACAAAGCCAUCCAACAACUGCUGGAAACGCAGCACUCGCGGGCAGUCAUCAUCUUUGCCAGUGAAGAAGACAUACGGGGGGUUCUCAAUGCCACCAAGAGGGCCAAUCAGGUGGGCCAUUUCCUGUGGAUUGGAUCGGACAGCUGGGGGGCCAAGAGCAGUCCGAUCCACCAGCUUGAAGAUGUAUCGGUGGGAGCAAUCACUAUACUGCCCAAGCGCUCCUCCAUUAAAGGGUUUGAUGAAUACUUUACCGCGCUCACCCUGGAGAACAAUCGCAGGAACGUGUGGUUUGCUGAGUUUUGGGAGGAGAACUUUGACUGCAGGCUCCUAAGCGCCUCGAAGAGAGAGGAUACCAGCCGUAAAUGCACAGGCCAGGAGCGCAUCGGCAUCAACUCCAAGUACGAGCAGGAAGGGAAGGUGCAGUUUGUGAUUGACGCGAUGUACGCCAUGGCCCACGCUCUCCACAACAUGCAGAGGGACUUGUGUCCUGAUCAUCUUGGCAUUUGUCCACAAAUGGAGUCCGCGGAAGGAAGGACUCUGCUGAAGUACAUACGCAACACCAGCUUCAACGGCAGCGCCGGCACCUCUGUUGUGUUCAACAAGAAUGGCGAUGCUCCAGGACGCUAUGACCUGUUCCAGUUCCAGAUGACCAACUCCUCCACCCCAGAGUACAAGGUGGUAGGACAGUGGGUGGAGAGCCUUCAGCUCAGGCUGGAGGAGCUUCAGUGGCCAGAUGGGGAGCAGGAUGUGCCCAUCUCUGUGUGCAGUCUGCCCUGCAAAACUGGAGAGAGGAAGAAGAGGGUAAAGGGCAUGCCCUGCUGCUGGCACUGUGAGCUAUGUGAUGGCUACCAGUACCAGUACGAUGAGACAUCCUGCAGACUGUGUGCCUACAACAUGAGGCCCAACCCCAACAGAACCGCCUGCCAGCCCAUCCCCAUUGUCAAGCUGGAGUGGCACUCCCCUUGGGCGAUAAUCCCCGUCUUCCUGGCCAUGCUUGGUAUCAUUGCCACCAUCUUUGUCAUGGCGACCUUCGUACGCCACAAUGACACACCGAUCGUGCGGGCGUCGGGCCGAGAGCUGAGCUACGUGCUGCUGACGGGCAUCUUCCUGUGCUACAUCAUCACCUUCCUCAUGAUCGCCAUGCCCGACGUGGCUGUGUGUGCCUUCAGGAGGAUCUUCCUGGGCCUCGGCAUGUGCAUCAGCUACGCCGCGCUGCUCACCAAGACCAACCGCAUCUAUCGGAUCUUCGAGCAGGGCAAGCAGACGGUUACGGCCCCGCGUUUCAUCAGUCCCACCUCCCAGAUCGCCAUCACUUCCAGUCUGAUCUGCGUGCAGCUGCUGGGCGUGCUGGUGUGGUUCGCCGUGGACCCGCCCAACACCAUCAUCGACUACGAUGAGCAGAAGACCGUUAACCCCAUGCUGGCCCGCGGUGUGCUGAAGUGUGACAUCACAGACCUACAGAUCAUUUGCUCACUGGGCUACAGCAUCCUGUUGAUGGUGACCUGCACCAUAUACGCCAUCAAGACAAGGGACGUACCGGAAGACUUCAACGAAGCCAAACCCAUUGGCUUCACUAUGUACACCACUUGCAUAGUCUGGCUGGCCUUCAUCCCAAUAUUCUUUGGCACGGCCCAGUCGGCAGAGAAGCUGUACAUCCAGACAACCACCCUGACCAUCUCCAUGAACCUCAGUGCCUCAGUAGCACUGGGCAUGCUCUACAUGCCCAAGGUGUACAUCAUUAUCUUCCACCCAGAGAUGAACGUACAGAAGAGGAAGCGUAGCUUCAAGGCUGUGGUCACAGCUGCCACAAUGUCAUCGCGUCUGUCCCAGAAACCCAACGAAAGGCCCAAUGGAGAGGCAAAGACGGAGCUGUGUGAGAACCCCGCCGCUGACCCCAUGAGUCAAGCAACCAAGAAAACAUACGUGAGUUACAACAACCUCAGGAUCUGAUCUGCUUGCAAACGAAUGCAGUUUGAUCUUUAUCCGUGAUCGAAAAAAGGGGGAAGGGAGCAGCAGCGGAACAGAGGAAGACCGACAGAGAGAGAGAGAGAGAGAGAGCGCGCAAGGCGUCCCAGUACCUGCAGUACCUAUGCACCCCAGGACGGUGGAUAGCAUCUAACCUUCAUCCAGACAUGAUACAUGAGUCCUGGCGGGAACUAGCACAGCUGUAGGCCAGUGUUGUUGGGCCUCCAGAACGGAAACUGUAGUUUUUAAGCCUGUGUUGUGGCCCCCUUGUCUCUGACAGAGAACAACUUGCCUGCUUAAAGGGGCCACUGUGAAGGAGGACGGACGAAAAAAGGAAAACAAAACAAAGGGACCACGGAUCUGCUUUCAAGAUAUUUUCUUUUGAAAUGUCAUCAAAGCCAUAUUCUCAUGGGGUCUCCAUUAUCAGAUUUCUGUUUUGUAUUGUUCAUGAGUGAUUUUUUUGUGCCUCUUUUUUCCUGAAGUUGAUUUUGAUUACCUUGAACAGCAAGCUCUGCCACAUACAGUAUUUUUGUUUUACCAAAAUCAACUCCGAUCAGUCCUAGAUGAUUAUGACGUUAGAGUGAUGGGCAUUGUAAGUAUAUAUUUUUUUGUAAAUAUUUGAGAGUAUUUUCAUGUUUGGAGUACAAACCUAGAUAUCCAGUCUUUGUUCAAUUGGAUUUGGAUGGUAAUGAGAAGCACCACAAAGUGUUCACUUUGCAUGUGCCAAUGUAUGUCUGUUAUAUUUGAUGUCAACAAAAAAAAAAAAAAGAGUGAAAUAAAUUCUAAAAAAUGAUAAUGAGCUUCAGCAUCCUUCUGCGGUUUGUUUUCGUAAACUUCAAUAAAUGACAGCAUAUGUCUUUAAUCUGUGGUUGGAUUGACCCCCCACCCCAACCUGCAAGCAUGUUUGUUUUACAUAGUUUUCGUACUUUAUUGAGUGACAUUAUUAUCGGAGCAACCAUGCAAGUAUGUUGUGGUAUCUGUCAAAUUAUGAACAUGUAAUAAACUCUUUUUUGUUA